AUGGCUUUAAGACAAGUCGUAAUAGACAAUCAGGGACUUUACGAUGAUGAGGUAACGAACUGUAUUAGCGAAAACUUCUAUGUCGAUGAUUGCUUGAAAUCCGUACCAACGCCCAAAGAAGCUAUUGAUAUGAUCAAGGAUUUAAAAGAUUUGUGCAAAAGGGGAGGAUUUAAUCUAAGAGGCUGGAUCAGUAACAGCAAGGAUGUAAUGGAAUCAAUUCCAGUAGAAGAUCGCAUACAUCAAAUAGACACUCUAGAUCUAGAUACACAGAAUAUGCCCACAGAAAGAGCUCUUGGAAUCGUGUGGUCAGUCACCACAGAUAGUUUCGAGUUCAAAAUAAACAUAAAGGAUAAACAGGAAAAUAGAAGAGGGAUACUGUCAAUGGCUAGUUCCUUGUACGACCCCUUAGGACUGGUCUCACCUUUUACUUUGCCUGUUAAAUUAAUCUUACAAAGUUUGUCCAAAAAGGGACUAAAAUGGGAUGAACCUAUACCUGAUAAGGAAUCAAAGGAAUAUAGGAAAUUGAUAAAAACCAUAGAUUCCCUGGAGAAUAUUAAAGUUCCAAGAUGCUUCAGGAAAGUGCAAGCUAAAAAUGCUAAAGUACAGUUACAUUGUUUUGCCGAUGCAAGUGAUAGUGGGUAUGGCGUUGCUAUAUAUGCAAGAUUUCAAUACUCUGAUCAGAGCAUCGAAUGUAACCUAGUGGUAGGAAAGUCAAGGGUAGCACCCCUUAAGAAGAUUACCAUUCCUAGAAUGGAACUAACAGCAGCAACUCUCGCUGUGAAACUGGCUAAUGUAGUCAGUAAGGAGUUAGGUUUUUAUUACGAAAACAAGUUUUUCUGGACAGAUAGUACUUCGGUAUUAAAGUGUAUCGCUAAUAGUACCACGCGCUAUCACACAUUUGUAGCCAAUAGAUUAACCACAAUUCACGAAGGUUCGAAUGUCGAAGACUGGCACUAUAUUGCUUCAGAUUUGAACCCUGCAGACUUAGCAUCACGAGGAAUGCAUGGAAAUUGUGAUGAAGAGAAAAUAAGUAGAUGGUUCCAAGGUCCAGAAUUUCUGAGCAAACCUAUGUCAGAGUGGCCAGAAUCAAGAAACUUUAAGUGUACGAUUAUACCGGACGAAAUGGCAUCGAAGGUAGUCCAUGCAACGGUAAUUAAGGAAGAUUCAUUUAUGUCUAGUUUAACCAGAGGCAGACUGAAGAACUCAGCCAUACCGUUUGAGAGGAAACACCAAAUCAUUUUGCCUAAACAGUCUGAUGUCUCUAAACUGAUCGUAAGGGAGGCUCACGUCAAGAAAAUGGCUGACUUACCCAAGGAAAGAGUUACUCCAGAAGAACCACCGUUCACUAAGGUUGGAAAGGACUACUUUGGUCCUUUUGAAGUUAAAAGAGGUAGGACCACAGUAAAACGUUAUGGAGUAAUUUUCACAUGUUUAGCAUCAAGAGCGGUGCAACAAAUUCAGAAUAUUAAUAGUAAGGUGAUUAAUAAUCAUCUCAUCAACAAGGGAAUAGAGUGGGAAUUUAAUCCUCCUGCUAGCUCACACUUCGGAGGAGUAUGGGAAAGAAUGAUAAGGUCUGUAAGAAAAAUUCUGUACUCGUUGGCCAAGGAAACAUUUGUAACAUUGAAUGAUGAAUCUCUAGUAACACUAAUGCACGAAACUGAAGCAAUAUUGAAUAAUAGACCUUUGACAGCUAACCCAAAUGUCCCAUCUGAUUUGGAAGCCUUAACACCUAACCAUCUCCUACAACUACGCCCUGGUAAUGAAAUGGCGCUAGGAGACUUUAGUGAAGACUGCUAUUCAAGGAAACGUUGGAAACAAAUGCAGCACUUGGUAGACGUAUUUUGGAAAAGAUGGCAAAGGGAAUAUCGAACCCAACUACAAAUAAGACAAAAGUGGUGUACAACUAAAAGAAACGUGGCUAUUGGAGACAUUGUGCUAAUUGUGACAAUAAUGGUCAUGUAA